AUGAAUUUUUAACAAAAUAUAAUAAAAAAAAUCUUAAUUAAAUAAAAUAUAUAUCAAAAAUUCAUGCAAUAAUAUCUAAAGGAAAUAUUUCAUUUAAGAUUAGCAGAGUUAUUAGAUCAUUUAUACUUUCAUGACACAAAGUCUUCAAUAAACAUAAUAAUAGUAGCGAUAUUUUUGAUACAAAAAUUAAAUCUCUUAUUUUGGACAUAAAAUUUCAAUAAAGAACAUUCAGAUGUAUGAAUAAUAUUAUUUCUUAGGAGAUUUACUUGAAUAUUAGUGGAUAGCUUUUCUCUUGGAUCACAUUUUAAAAACCAUUAGAUAUAAUAGACUCAAACCAACUAAAAAUUAUUAUAAGCAUAUUCUACACAUUUUUGCAUAUUACAAUGCUUGCAGUUUUCACUUUUUCCUUAUAUAAUUGCCAAGUAAUUUCAAAAAUAUUUACUCUCUACAUUUCAUACUUUUAAUUAGUAAUCUUAUAUCAUACUGAAAUACAUUAACUGAAUUACCAGUAUGAUUUAGUAUUUACAAUUAUUAUUAGUUUACCACCUUACAUUAACUAUUUAAUAAUUGUUUAUUGUUCUCGUAACUACUUUAUCAUAACCUAAUAACAUAUGCUAAGGAAAUACUCAUAUUAUAAUUAUUUAAUUUUACUUGCCGAUUUUUUUUAUUUUAUAACAUUUUCUUUUAUUAAUUCAGAUUAUGUUUCCUAAUACUCAUUAUUAUUAUUGUCUGUUGUAUAUUUUGUCGAUGCAAUUAUUAUGUAGCCAUAUUGUAUAAAGUUCAAUGUAUAUAUUAUUUUUUAUAUUAAAGCUAUAUUAUAUUGGAGCCACGGGAAUAUUUUUGAUAUCAGUUAUCAUUAGAAUAGUUCUUUGGGACAAGACUUUAUAUACUUAAUUUUAUGGAAUAGUUUUAUUGGUUCCUCUUUUUUCUUAUAUCUUUACGUAAAUUUAUCAGAUAAUUUCUGAUGAUAUAUUUUAAUAAAAACUAUCUAUAUCUUUAAUCCUUAAUUUAGGUGAAAUAAUUAAUCAUUACAAUUAAAAUUCAAUCUAAAAGGGUAUUGGAGACUAUAUUAUAAAAAGAUUUUUAGAUGUUUAAUAAUUGAAUGCUUUUAAUAUAUUUUAAUUGUUGGAGCUAUAUAUAAGAAAUAAUGAUUAAAAUGGUAAUGAUGAAGAGCUAUAACUAUAUAGAAUUCUUCUCAAGCAUGAAAUAUAAGGAACUUAUCUUUAAAGUCUUUUAGAAACAAAAAGAAAUUUAAUGAAAAAUAAAAAACAUUCAAUAUUUUUUAAGACUAUUGGUUUUUUAAUUAGUAAAAAAUAUGAUCAAUAAAUUAAAAAUUUAUAUUAAGGAGAAUAAAAAUCUUCUUAAAAUUAUCACUGCUUAAUUAUUAAAAUUAAAGAAGCAGAUAAUCUAUUUUAAAAUAAUAUUAACUUAUUUUUUAAUUUAAUUGAGUAGAAAAUUUGGAUAUGGGAUUAAUUAUAAAAAGGAUAUGAUAAUGUAGAAAAUUGUGUUAAGGAUAUAAAAUAAUUAUAUUAGAUUCUUAUUAAAUUAAAAUCAUAACUAGUUUCAAUAAUAUCUAAUGAAGAGAUGGAAUCAAUCUUAAAAUUAUCAACUUUAAAAAGAUUUAAUUUUGUAGAAUUGAGAUUUUUAUCACUUUUUUUUUCAUUUAUUGUAAAUGAUUAUUAAUAAACUAAGACAAUUGAAAAUCAUAUUGAAGAUUUAAUUAAAUAAGAAAAUAUUUAUUCAAAUUCAAUACUUUUGAAUACAAAAAUUAUGGAUAAUGAUCUUAUCAUAAUUAGUUCAAGUAUAUUAGAAUAAACAGGAAAAAUUUUUAGAGCAAAUACUGAAGAAAUUAGUAGAUUUUUUGGGUAUGAUGAGGCUAUUAAAAAAAGAAAUUUAGGAAUAAUUAAUUUAUUUAUGCCAAAAUUUAUUAGUUAAGAUCAUGAUAGAUUUAUUUAAAAAUUUAUAAAUAAAGGGAAUUCAAAUUUAUACAAUAAAGGAAAGUAAGUUUUUUGUAAAGAUUAUGAAGGAUUUGUUUUUCCAAUUAUUUUAAGUUUUUUACAUAUAAAUGAAAAAUCCGAAGAUUUUAUAUUGACAAGUGCAUUGUAAAAAGUUCAAUCAAAUUAGGAUUAUAUACUUUUUGAUUUAAAUGGAAAAAUUUUGGGAAUUUCAAAAUAUGUUUAUUAGAUGUUAAUGAAUAAUCAAAGUCUUACUAACAAUAGUACAACAUAAUCUAUGUCUUCAUAAGUAGAUUCAUCUAUAUAUGAAUGUUACAUAUAAUUUUGGAUUCCAAAUAUCAUUUCUCUAAUUGAAAAUUUAACACUUGAUCAUGAAUAAUAUUAAAUUAAUAAAAUAAUCAUUGAAGUAGCUAUACAAACUAACUUUGUGCAGUAUUUAUCAUUUUUUAAGUAAUAUUAAUAAAUUAAUCCUAAUUUUUGUAUAGAUAUUUCCUAUUUUGAAGAAUUCUUAAAGUUUGUUGAUGAAGAAAUACCGAAAAAUUAAAGUUUGAAUAUAAAGAUAUAAUUUGAAAUCCAAAUAUAAUCACAUUCUUUACCAACAGAUCAAUUAUAUUAUAUUUGCAGUAUGUCAAAGUAAUAAAAAGAAGUCUAAUCUAUGAUUAGUUUUGAUAAAACAAUAUCUACUUAGUAAAUUCAAAUUCCAUUUAAUUAAGCUUCUCCUAAAUUUAUAACAGAGAUAGAAAAAAUAAAUGAUGAUUUAUCAUAAACUAGGAGAAUGUUAGAAAAGUAGAUAUUAUUAAUUAAAGAUGGAUAUCAUGAUAAAAGAGAAGAAUUAAUUUUUUCAAAAAUUGAAAGUUAAUAGGCUAUGAAUAAAGUAAAUAAUAGCUUUGAGAAAAAAAAUAUCAUUCAUGAAUUUGAUGAUUAAAAAAUUUCAUAAUCAAGUCGUUAAUCAAGAAAUUCUAACUUUUAAGUUUAAUACUAAAUAAGAGAGUUAUAAAAAAAUUAAGGAUUUUGUAUUUCAAUAAAAAAAAUUUGGAUUAUUACCUUAUUCCUUUAUAUUAUUAUUUAUUUGUUAGUCUUUUUAAUGUUAAUGGUUUUAUCUUAACAAUUAUAAUUAUUAUAAUACGAUAUUGAAUUGGUAAGAAUUCCUGAUAAAUUCAAUCGUUUAUAUUGUUCAUUUGUUACUAUUGGAUAAAUGGAUUUAGAAAGAUCAUUAUUAGGAAGAGACUAUGGUUAAUAUCUUAUUUAUCGAAUUGCACAUCAUGGAAAAAGUAUAAGACAUGAAAUGGAACACAUGAUGAUUACUUUAAAAAAUAAAUUCUCGAUUUUAGAAAAUGAACAAAGACUAUCAAAUUUAACUGUUAGAUUUCUUAAUCAAUAUAGUUAUUUUGAAACUUAAUUAACAAUGAUAUAAUUUGAUAUAAUUGCUGAUUCUUAUACAGAAUAAAUUUAUUAAUACAUAAAUUAAGAAAUAAAUUAUACCAAAUCUAAUCACUACUAUAUUAUAGAUGAAUACUAUAAACUUUAAUUUAUGAAAGCAAAUCUAGCUAAUCAAAUAUCUUCUUCGUAAAAUUUAAUUGAUGAAAUUAUUGUUGAAAUUUAAAAUUCUCAAAAAACUACUAUAAUUAUUCUCUAUAUUUUAUUAGGUUUCUAGCUUUUUUUUUUAAUAGGUGGUAUUCUAUUUUUAGUGCAUUUGUGGAAAUAACCUUUUGGAAUAGUUUAAUUAUAAAUUUAACUCUUAAGUUAACUAUCUGAUUCACAAAUUAAAACAAGUAUUCAUGCUGCUAAAUAAGCAAAAUAAAUUAUUAAUCAUCCAUAUAUAUGGAAAAGAACUAACUAUCUGAAUGAAUUUUAUAAUAAGGCUUUUUAGAGGGAAGGUUAAGAUAUUUUUAAUAAUAUAUAAAAUAAUAAUUUAACCAAUAAAAAGGCUAAAUAGAAUAUAAGAAUGAUUGAUUAUAAAUUUAAUCACUUCAAUAUUUAUCUCAAAAAUUUACUAUAUGUGUUGCUACUAUUAAGUUUUAUAUUAUCUAGUUUUUUUUAUAUGAAAAAUGGUUUAGAUACCAGUAAAUCAGAAAUUUAAUUAACACUUUAGUAUGUUUAAUUUAAAUAAGAUUUAGAUUCUUUGAUGAUUGUAAGUUAAUUAUUAAAAACUAAUUCAGUGCUAUCUGAAAGAGUUAGAGAAUUAGGCUUUUUAGAUUAAAACUUUUAACUUUUAGAUCCAAAAAAAUAUUUUAAUAUAUUAGAAAAAGAAUUAUUAUAAAAAUUCUAUCAAAAAGAGUAAAAGGCUUAAAAUGUCAAUCAAAUAAUUUUUCAAGAUAUAAUUGAUUCUAAAAAAAUAUCUAAUACUGAUAAAGAAAUAUUAUAAACUUUAUAUUAAGAUGAUUUAUGUUCUGUAAUUGCCGAUUAACUUCCGUUUUGUAACUUUAAUGAUAAUUAAUUUGAUGAUUUUCCAGAUUAUCCUACGCCUAGAAGGGUCGAUAAUAAUAGAGAGAUUUUUAGGAAUGGAAUUAAUGGGAUUUUUUAAAAGUAAAUUAAAUUUAAUACAUAGAUUGAUAGCCAUUUUUAAUUCCUAUUAUGAAUUAGAAUUAUAAGGAAAAGAAAAUAGAAAUGAAACUGAAACCCAAUAUUUCUUACAAACUCCAGAAUUUCAACACUAUAUUUUAGAGUACUUUUUUGACGUUAACAAGGCUGUUGUAUAAUUUUUUUCAACAAUUCUAGAAUCAACUAUGAAAAUACUGUAGACUGAUUUUUAAAAUUCUUUAUUUUAUUAUUUAGUCUUUGGAAUCUCAGUAUUAAUUGUUUAAGGAAUUUUAUAAAUCUACAACUUAUCUAAAAUAUAAGAAUUAGUUUCAGCAUGUAAAUUUGCAUUUAUUCUAAUGCCAACAGAAUGUUUAAGUGAAAUAAAAUGCCUAGCAAUAAUUAAAUAAAUUGUAAAAUCGUAUGAUCAAUGA